AUGUCUGUUGGCCACGUUAUCUCGUCUUGGGGUGCCACCUUGCGACCUGGCCGCACCACUUUUCUCAUUCCGGAACAUGUCAACUUGCGCAUCACGAAUGCCGCCCUUAUCGUAGACGAUGCUACCUCCAUUGCACACACUCAUAGUCGGACUUCGCUCUGGAUGAUGCCCCUCAAACAGUCCGGUGUGGUCUCUCCUAUCUUGAAUUCGUCGAACAAGAUUGAGCGCGUGAUUCUCUUUACGCUUAUUUCUCGCGAGGUCGAGCACCACCUUCUCGAGAUCACACUGGUUGAGAAUGAUUAUAUUGCAUUUGAGGUCAUUGGAAAGAGCUCUGUAUGCCUGUCAGGAAAUUACAUAGCAAUCUCACGAGAAAAUAUCACUGGAACAUCUUUGAUUCCCGCUCUAGCGGAGAAGCUGUCAUCGUGUGCAGAGCCUUCCAGCACGCCUCAAGGUAAAAAGCGCGCUAGGGUCGAGCCACUGUUUGUGCCUACGAGCAGUCUGCAUUCCAUUGCUCAUCACGAGGUGGAUGCCAUUCCUUCUGCAAGUUCAAUAAGAGGCUCUUCGCCAAGGAAGGCAAUUUCGCAUCAAUUUGGGUGCAGCCCUUUUGCGGCAUCACCUACGGUAGUUGGCGCAAAGCGUGCUCGCAUUGCAAGUUCAACUGAAACGACAGGAGAUUCCAGCUCAGAGUCGUCCAUUGCAGCCUCACCGAUUCCGGUGAAGUCGCUGCUGGGCGCACCUCGUCGAUCGGCCACGAGCACCAAGAAUCUGCAAGCGGAAGGACAUACGCAUUACGUGCAGCCGGCCGUGCCGCUAUUCAAUGAGGCCGUGAUCAAGGAUCACAAAGUCGGUUCAGGGGCGCUACGUGCGGCUCGAGGGGAUGAAAUCUCGAUGUGGUAUCGGCUUCAGCUAGCAAACGAGGUCACAGUACAAUCUAGCAUGGAAGGAACACCGUUUGUGAAGGCGGAGAUCACUUUGGGACAAGGCUUCAUCCUGCCUGCGAUUGAUAGCGGCAUCAUUGGUAUGAAAAUUGGAGGCGAGCGGUUGAUCAAGGUACCUCCAACGCUAGGUUUCGGAGAUCGCGAACACGACGCGAUCCCACCCAAUAGUACUCUCUUCUUUCAAUGCAAGCUGCUCAGCAUUCGCCAGCCAGAUGCGAAAUAG